AGGUGCACCAACUAUUCAUCUAUUCCCGGAGUGAAGCAUACAUUUUGUUCCACAGAAGCAGAGCCUUGCUAUUGUCAGGCUGCUGCUACAUUGGGAUGUGCUUUCUCACUUCUUAAAUUGCAGUGUGAGUAGAGAGGAGAUCAUGUGAGCUCAGGCUGUGUAUUGUGCUGCCUGUGUAACAGAGCUGCCAGUGUGCGAGCCCAGCAUUGAGCUGAGGAGUAUUCUAGCAGCUAUUUUCCUCUCCUCCUGAGCUGAUUUACUUGUUCAAGGUGUGACCUCAUCACCCUGUCAGUUUGGAAUCCCACCUCCACAUUUAGCACUAGCCUUGUAUGGGACUGAGGUGCCUGCAGCAUGCUACACAGGGACACGUGCUAUUUGCAGGUUCUUUUAGGAGGCAGAGGAGACAGACAGAAAGGCUACCAAGAAAGGAUUUUUACCAGCAUUGGAAAUACAUCAGUGUUCUAUUACCUCUCACCUUAGCCAUUUCUUUUUUAAUUCAUAUAUACAUAGAUUAGAUUGUUUUUUUCUUCUACACCAUUCACAUCAUUUUUGUAAAAGCAUGUCAGUAUCUGGGAAAAAAGAGUUUGAUGUGAAGCAGAUCCUAAGGCUGCGAUGGAGGUGGUUCAGCCACCCCUCUCAGGGCUCUGCAGGCUCCGGUGGCUGCCUGCAGCAGGAAGGAUAUGAGCACAGGGGGUCACCGGUUCACAAUAGGUUGAAAAGCCACUCACGGGACAGGAAUGGACUAAAGAAAAACAGCAGCCCUGUCCAUAACAUACUGGCACCAGUGCCAGGUCCAGCCCCUGCAUACCAUCGAUCCAUCCAGCCCUGGCAGCAGCAAAACCUGAUUGAAAAUCUUCAGGCAAGUGAGGAUAUUCCAAAGCCUGGCACUGAGGAGAAACUGGUGAAGGAGGAAGAGAGCAAGGGUGCUGAGGAGGUGCAGACAAUCCCAGAGCAGCACCCCGAGGCUGCCAUUGACAGGCUUCACGUCACAAGCAGUUCUCCUAAUAGAAUGAAGUCCAGUGGUUCAGAUGAGUAUUUUCAGUCUUUAAACCAUGCAGAACAGACAUUUCGCAAAAUGGAAAACUACCUCCAACACAAGCAGCUAUGUGAUGUUCUACUGAUCGCCGGAAACCUCAAAAUUCCAGCACACAGGUUGGUCUUAAGCGCAGUGUCAGAUUAUUUUGCCGCAAUGUUUACUAAUGAUGUGCGGGAAGCAAAAGAAGAAGAGAUAAAAAUUGAAGGUGUGGACCCAGAUGCAUUAAAGGCUCUUGUACAUUAUGCCUAUACAGGGGUUUUAGAACUUAAAGAAGACACAAUUGAGAGCUUGCUCGCUGCAGCUUGUCUCCUCCAGCUAUCCCAAGUUAUUGAUGUUUGCUGUAAUUUCCUGAUGAAGCAGCUUCAUCCCUCCAAUUGUUUAGGGAUUCGGUCAUUUGGAGACGCACAAGGUUGCAUGGAGCUUCUGAGAGUGGCACACAGCUAUACAAUGGAACAUUUUAUUGAAGUUAUAUGCAAUCAAGAGUUUCUCCUGCUGCCAGCAAGUGAAAUAGCAAAGCUGCUCUCUAGUGAUGACAUCAAUGUUCCUGAUGAAGAAACAAUAUUUCAAGCUUUAAUGCAGUGGGUCAAGCAUGACAUUCAGUCUCGACAAAGAGAUCUGGGAAUGUUGCUUUCCUUCAUUAGGUUACCAUUACUUCCUCCACAGUUGCUUGCAGAUCUUGAAAACAGCCCAAUGUUUGCAAAUGACUUGGAAUGCCAGAAAUUUCUUAUGGAAGCAAUGAAGUAUCACCUUCUACCAGAGAGGAGAUUAAUGAUGCAGAGUCCCAGGACUAAACCCAGAAAGUCGACAGUGGGAGCCCUCUAUGCUGUAGGUGGAAUGGAUGCUACAAAAGGUGCUACUACAAUUGAAAAAUAUGAUCUGCGGACAAACAGCUGGAUACAAAUUAGUACAAUGAAUGGAAGACGUCUUCAGUUUGGAGUCGCAGUUAUUGACAAUAAGCUAUAUGUUGUUGGUGGGAGAGACGGAUUAAAAACCUCAAAUACGGUGGAAUGUUUCAACCCAGUAACUAAAGUGUGGUCCAUAAUGCCCCCGAUGUCAACUCACAGGCAUGGCUUGGGAGUUGCUGUUUUGGAAGGGCCAAUGUAUGCAGUUGGUGGACAUGAUGGAUGGAGCUACCUUAACACUGUAGAACGGUGGGACCCUCAAGCACGACAGUGGAAUUAUGUUGCCAGUAUGUCAACUCCUAGAAGCACAGUAGGGGUGGCAGCACUAAACAGCAAAUUAUAUGCUGUGGGAGGAAGAGAUGGAAGUUCUUGCUUAAAAUCCAUGGAAUGUUUUGAUCCCCACACAAACAAAUGGAGUAUGUGCUCUCCAAUGUCAAAAAGAAGAGGAGGAGUUGGAGUGGCAACAUAUAAUGGUUUUCUAUAUGCGGUUGGAGGCCAUGAUGCUCCAGCUUCAAAUCAUUGCUCUAGACUUUCUGAUUGUGUUGAAAGGUACGAUCCCAAAACGGACAAUUGGACAAUGGUGGCCCCAUUGAGCAUACCUAGAGAUGCAGUUGGAGUUUGUCCUCUGGGAGACAGGCUGUAUGCUGUGGGUGGAUAUGAUGGACAGUCUUACCUUAACAUUGUGGAAUCAUAUGAUGCACAAUCCAAUGAAUGGACGCAGGAUGUUUCCCUUAAUAUUGGAAGAGCUGGGGCUUGUCUUGUAGUAAUUAAGUUGCCAUGACAAGUUAUAUUUCCAAAUUGCACUUAAACAGCAAAAAGGAGACACUGGACCAUUCACAGUCUGCACAAGUUCUCUUCUCUGUGAACACUGGCUUUAAAAUGACUGGUGUUGGGAAAAUCAAAAAGAAGUUGACCUGCAGAAGUGUACAUAUGUAAUUUCUGUUGAUAUUUGCUAUAUAUACAGUAUGAACUGUGCCAAACUUUAAUUCCAAAAAAAAUGGUAUGUAAGUAUGUAACCAUGGUUACAUACUGAAAGGUUGGACACAGUAAACAUUCUAGAUAAUACCAAAAUGUAGUCUUUGCAAAUAUAUUUAUGUACCAUCCUGAAAGAUGAUUGGUAUGAAAGGCUUAUAUUUUAAUAAUUCACAUUCUGUUAUAUAACUAGUGAAAAUAUUUUUAUUAAGGAAAAAGGAAGUUGAAAGAUGUGUAGAACAGUUUAACUAAAAUGUGUAGGACAGUUUAACUAAAAUGUGAUUUUUACUUUUCCCUUUACUUUGGCUUCUCUUUAACAUUACUAUUUGUUUUAUUACAUAAUGUUUUUUGUUCUAAAAAAAAGUUGUUAUUAACAUAAAACAUUAUAGAUAUAUUUUUAAUGUUAGUGCUCAAGAUUUUAAGUACUAAAAGCAAUUAUUCUAAGGCACAAUAGAAAUAAUGGUUGUAUUUCAAUGAAAUAAUGUCCUCUUAUUUGUGAUUGUUUUUGUUUUGUUUGUUUUUUAAAUAUGUGCUUUAAACAUGCUUUGAGCCCUAGAGUUCUAUCCAUUGUAAAAAAAAAUGUUUAUCAAGCAAUGGAGUUAAAAGCUAUAAACAAUGUCAGAAAUAUUUUGCACUGAAUAUGGAUUAUAGAAUUACUUAUUCAGAUGGAAGACUAAAAAUGCAUUCAAAAAGUGCUCUCUCUGUGACCUAAACUUGAAUGACCGUACUUGAAGGAGAGGUUUUUUUUUACUUGAGGAAGUUGCAAACUGAAAUUAACAGACCUAAAAUUGUAUUUCCUCUAUUUUUUUAUUCAGCCAGUAGAAUAAUGAACGUCCUCAUAACACUGAAUAACAUUGCACAUUAACUAGUUAAGUAAACAUUUGGAGAUGUUAUAUUUUCUAAGGCAGCUGGUAUUUGUGGGAAUAAGUAAAUACUAAGAAGACAAGAUAGGAUAAUUAUAAUUUAUAGUUAUGGGCUUAGGAGCUUCCCUGCAAUGAAAUACCAUUGUAAUUAAUAAAACAAAUGAAAUAGGAUCAUCAACUUUUAAUACUUUGUGUAUUCAAAAAAACAAGCAAUAAGCAAGGCAGCAAUUUUCCACUGAAAUGAGGUAUCCAAUCAGCAUGUAACCGUUACAUACUUUUGAAAUUGCUUACUUAGAAAAGGCCAUCAAGCUUCAAGUCUUCUGCAUUUUAUAUAACCAAGAUAGUACAGGUAUAGGAUCCAUUAUCUGCAAACCCAUUAUCCAGAAAGCUCUAAAUUACAGAAUGGUCAUCUCCC